UGCUGGACCAGCUCCUGCCAGAGCUCAGCGUUCUGCUCAAGCUGCUGGACCACGAGUACCUGAGUGCCACCACGCAGGAGAAGAAGCUGGCUGUGUCCACCAUCGUGCAGAAGCUGCAGCCGCCUGCAGGGAAGGAUGUGGGCUACAUGUACGUCAACACAGCGUCCCUGGGCAAUGGCACCAGCUUCGUGGAGUCCCUGUUUGAGGAGUUCGACUGUGACCUGCGGGACCUGCAGGACAUGCAGGAGGAGGAGGAGGGGGACACCAAUGACACUGCUGGCUCGGAGCUGGCAGGGGCCCCGACAGCCAAACCUGUUCCUGUGGAUGCUGCUCCUCCUCUGCCCACCACUCCCCCUCCUGAGGAUUACUACGAGGAAGCUCUGCCCCUGGGCCCCGGCAAGGCCCCCGAGUACAUCACGUCCCGCAACAGCUCCAGCCCCCCCAACUCCAUCGAGGACGGCUAUUACGAGGAUGCAGACAGCAGCUACCCCGUCACCAGGAUAAACGGGGAGCAGAAGAGUUCCUACAAUGACUCGGAUGCCAUGAGCAGCUCCUACGAGUCCUAUGACGAGGAGGAGGAGGAGGGCAAGGGCCAGCAGCUGACACACCAGUGGCCCUCGGAGGAGGCCUCCAUGAACCUGGUGAAGGAUUGCCGGAUCUGCGCCUUCCUCUUGCGCAAGAAGCGCUUUGGGCAGUGGGCCAAGCAGCUCACCAUCAUCCGGGAUGGCAAACUGCUGUGCUACAAAAGCUCCAAGGACCGGCAGCCACACGUGGAGGUGCCCCUGCCCACCUGCAACGUCAUUUACGUCCCCAAGGACGGGCGGCGCAAGAAGCACGAGCUGCGGUUCUCGCUGCCGGGCGCCGAGGCGCUGGUGCUGGCAGUGCAGAGCAAGGAGCAGGCUGAGGAGUGGCUCAAGGUGAUAAAGGAAGCCAGCAGCCCAGCAGCAGGCGGGAUGGAAGCCCCCACCUCCCCAGUGAUGCCGUGCAAGAUGGAGCUGGACAAGCGGCUGUCCCAGGAGAAGCACACCUCAGACUCAGACAGUGUGGCCAUGGGGGACACCGGGUCCCCAGCCAGCCGCAGGGAGCACGGCGAGCAUGGGAAAGGCAAAAAGAGCGGCCUGGCUGACCUGAAGGGCUCGAUGAGCCGGGCAGCGGGGAAGAAAAUCACCAGGAUCAUCAGCUUCUCCAAGAAGAAGCCAUGCCCUGAGGACACCCAGACCUCCUCCACCGAGGAGGAGAUCCCCUGCUGCGGCUACCUGAGCGUGCUGGUGAACCAGUGCUGGAAGGAGCGCUGGUGCCGCCUCAAGGGGAACACGCUGUACUUCCACAAGGACCGCUGGGACCUGCGCACCCACGUCAACGCCAUCGUGCUGCGGGGCUGCGAGGUGCUGCCCGGCCUGGGCCCCAAGCACCCCUUCGCCUUCCGCAUCCUGCGCCACGGCCACGAGGUCACGGCGCUCGAGGCAAGCUGCUCUGAAGACCUGGGCCGCUGGCUGGGUCUCCUCUUGGUGGAAACAGGCUCCCAGACAGCCCCAGAGGCCUUGCACUACGACUAUGUGGAUGUGGAGACCAUUGCCAACAUCGUGACGGCCGUGAGACACUCCUACCUGUGCCAACCAGUACAGGUACGGCAAGAACCGGGCCGAGGAGGACGCCAGGCGGUUCCUGACGGAGAAGGAGAAGCUGGAGAAGGAGAAGGCAUCGAUCCGCAGCGAGCUGAUGCUGCUGCGGAAGGAGAAGCGGGAGCUGCGGGAAGCCUUGAAGGGCAGCACGGGGCAGAAGCUGCAGGAGCUGGAGCAGCGGGUGGCGGAGCUGGAGGAGCGCUGCCGGCAGAAGGAGCAGUCGCGGGUGGAUCUGGAGCUCAAGCUGACCGAAGUGAAGGAGCAGCUGAAGCAGUCGCUGGCAGGAGGGCCGGCCCUGGGGCUGGCCGUGACCAGCAAGGCUGAGAAUGGGGAAACUACAAACAAGCCAAACGGGAGCCCCCCCGAGCACUUGGUCCCUGUGAACUGUGCGGCAGAGCUGAGGAAGAGGAGCCCCUCCAUCAUCCCUGCCAACACGGGGAGCGUGCUGCAGAAAGCCAAGGAAUGGGAAAAGAAGCAGACUUAAGUCAGCCUGCCAAGCCCUGAACUCACAGUGGGGAUCACGAGGAGCUGCCAGCCCCCUUUCUCUGAGACACUGGGAGGGUGCUGGGAAGGCGUGGUGGAAGAGCCGCUCUGCCAGCCCCACCACCAUGGCACCACCACCACCAUAAACCAGGGGAAGGGGACGG